CAGUCACUUCCUUCCUCAGCCUCUUCCUCCCUAGUGCGCUGGAGAGGAUAGCCGGGUUGGCACCGACGUGCACCAGUUUUUCAUCGGAAAAGAAAAGGAGGCGGAGAAGUGAGCAGCAAUGAAUGUGGAUCACGAGGUUAACCUCUUAGUGGAGGAAAUUCAUCGUCUGGGUUCAAAAAAUGCUGAUGGGAAGUUAAGUGUGAAAUUUGGGGUCCUCUUCCAAGAUGACAAAUGUGCCAACCUCUUUGAAGCAUUGGUAGGAACUCUCAAAGCUGCAAAACGAAGGAAGAUUGUCACAUACCCAGGAGAGCUACUUCUGCAAGGUGUUCAUGAUGAUGUUGACAUUAUAUUGCUGCAAGAUUAAUGUGGUUUGCAUAUCUUUGUUUAUUGUUAUUUUUUGUUGCUGGUAAACUGGAAUAUUAAGUCAAAGGGCAAACAUAUGAACAUACUUAAUGUAUUUUUAUAGAACUUUGUAAACAAAAGGAGACUCAUUUCAGAAGUCUGUCCUUUUUUAUAUCUUGAAAGAGAAUUUAUGUAUGACACUGUAAAAUAAAUAUAACCUAUCAUUUUUCUCAGGAAUCUGGUUGGAAAAUAUAGGCACUGAGGCUUUUUUUAGUGUGGGUGCAAGAGUGCUUGUUUCAUAAAUCAUUCUUAGACAAUUUCUACACAUACUUGACAUUCUGUGAAAGCAAGAAGUAAACUGAAGACCAGCUCCCACAAGGAACGUUAUAACGUUUACGUAAUAAAAACAUGUAACUGUCUUAAAAUUGC